UCGGGAGAACUGUGCUCGCGCUGUUGUCAGUUGGCCCCUUGGUGAUCGCGGAGGGUUCUGCACAUUUGUCACUCUUGUGGAUAACACAUAUCACCUUAAACACGGGAGGGGUGAAGCAGCGAUACCUACAUAUCUCUGGGGAUUAAAUCAAAUAGUACAGAGGAGACAGGCGAGUGGAGGUGGCGCACCAUUCAUUCCCGGUGUGGGUUAUGUGUAUCGCAGAGCCGUGCGCUCUAAAGGGAUUGUGCCUCUGAUGGCUAUCUACACGCUAAUGUGACCUGGACAUUAACAUCCUGCUGACCUUUCAUUCAUCGCCUGCUGAGCCGCUCCUUGUGCUCUUACUUUCCGCACCUUGACCCCGUUGUCUGACACGCAUCAUUUCCCGGUGACAGCAGCAUCCCAUACCCGGCUAUGGCGGUCUUGGAUUUGGCACUACAGGGUCUCGCGAUCUUCGGCGUCGUUCUCUUCUUCGUAUUGUGGUUCAUGCACUUCUUGUCCAUAGUGUACACACGGCUGCAUCUCCAUAAAAAAGCAUCUGACAAGCAACCAUACAGCAAGUUACCGGGUGUUUCCCUUCUUAAACCAUUGAAAGGGGUCGACCCCAACCUCAUCAACAAUUUAGAGACGUUUUUUGAAUUGGACUAUCCAAAAUUUGAACUACUUCUUUGUGUUCAAGAUCUCGAUGAUCCGGCAGUGGAUGUAUGUAAAAAGUUACUUGGCAAAUAUCCGAACACUGAUGCCAGAUUAUUUAUAGGUGGUAAAAAGGUUGGCAUUAACCCGAAGAUAAACAACUUAAUGCCUGGAUAUGAGGUAGCCAAAUACGAUCUCAUUUGGAUCUGUGAUAGUGGGAUCAAAGUGAAACCAGACACACUCACAGACAUGGCCAAUCAGAUGACAGAGAAAGUUGGCUUGGUUCAUGGACUUCCCUACGUAUCAGACAGACAGGGGUUUGCUGCUACAUUAGAACAGGUUUAUUUUGGGACUUCUCAUCCAAGGUCAUAUAUAUCUGCAAAUGUCACAGGCUUCAAGUGUGUAACAGGAAUGUCUUGUUUGAUGAGAAAAGAGGUGCUGGAUCAGGCAGGUGGACUUAUUGCCUUUGCUCAGUACAUAGCUGAAGACUAUUUUAUGGCCAAGGCAAUAGCUGAUCGAGGUUGGAAGUUUUCCAUGGCUACACAAGUUGCGAUGCAGAACUCUGGUUCUUAUUCUAUAUCACAGUUCCAGUCCCGGAUGAUCAGGUGGGCCAAACUAAGAAUUAACAUGCUGCCAGCUACAAUUGUGUGUGAGCCCAUUUCCGAAUGUUUUGUUGCCAGCUUAAUCAUUGGUUGGGCAGCCCACUAUAUCUUCAGAUGGGACAUCAUGGUGUUCUUCAUGUGUCACUGCUUAGCAUGGUUCAUAUUUGACUACAUUCAGCUGAGAGGUGUUCAGGGGGGUGCACCAUCUUUUUCAAAACUGGACUAUGCUGUUGCUUGGUUUAUCAGAGAAUCCAUGACAAUCUACAUCUUCCUUUCUGCUUUAUGGGACCCAACUAUUAGCUGGCGGACGGGGCGGUUUAGAUUACGGUGUGGAGGCACUGCAGAAGAAAUCCUAGAUGUAUAACCAUAGAUCUGUGACUGUAUAUAAGAAAAGAGAAAAAAAAAGUAUUAUUAUAAAUUAUGUUUAUACUAUGCUUUUAAAGAAAAAAAGAAAACUACCUUUUGAAUAGUUUUAUUACAUGUAUGUAUGUUUUGUUAUCUGACCUUUAAUUUAUUUUGCAUGGCACUUGCAUCUGUGAAGACACGUUUGUAAUUUGGGCCAUAUGGGGACAGCAUCGUUUUGUGUAAAUUAAAAAGCAAGAUAAACUGUAGUCAUUUUAUAGGUGCUCUGCAGUUAAUGAUAUAGGAAGCAAAUCUCCACAACUGUUUCCUGCCCAAUCUGAAUUGAGUUGUAAAAAGGGUUAAGAAUCAUUUCAAUUUAUAGAAGGCUGACACUUUUUUUUUUUUUUUAAUAAGCUGAUCACUAAUUUUAUGGCAUUUGUUUUUUGGCCUGCACCUCCAAGCAAAUUUUAAAGAAAAAAAAAUAAUGAAAAGUUCCCGUUUUAAAAGUUGUUUUUUUUUUUUUGUACAGCAAAGAACAAAACAUUAUUUGUUUCUUAGUUGUUGUUUAGCUACCUCGUAAAAGUGCUGCAGAGUAAAUAAGAUAAUAGUAGACGAUGACUUGUUGUAUGUUGACUUGUAUAAAAAAAAGAACUUGCUCUCUUGUCUGCCCGAGGGAUCAGCAACACAAGGAUUUGUAGGUCCAACUGACGAGAGAGGGAUUUAUUAGGGUGUGUGUUCUAUACAAUGGGUUUUCUUCCUAGCUGUUACUGCAAUGAACCAAAAGUAGACUCAGUUUGAUGGUUCCCAUUUUAUGACCAGGCUACUGAGACCUUAGUUGACUGAUCCUCUGUGGGACCCUUGCUAAUCUUUGUGCUGAAAUCGGCCUUAGCCCUUCUCACCAUUUUUCUGCUGAGGCAGAUUUGCUUCAGUUUGAUUUGCGCUUAUUACUAUUAUCUUUUAUUACUCCUCCACUUUAUAUGUCAGAUUGAAUACGGUUUAAGCACCAUUUCACAAAGUAUUUUCUUAUUGCACAUAAAAUUGUAUAAGAAAGUAAUUUUGUAACAUGCAUUUGAUGGUGUAUACUUUUUAAUGCGUGUAAUAUCUAUUCAAAAUGAAAAUCACAGUAAAUAUUGUAAAUAUAUAUAUAUUUAAAUAUAUACAAAUAAGUCAGCAUUUAUCUACCAGAUAUUAGAGCUGCAUACAGUCUUUAAUUUAUUAGCUGUCAAACAAAGUCUACUGUUGGAUUGUAUGCUUUACACAGCAUUAUUUGUAUUUAUUUUGAUUGUUAUUUUUUUUACAAGAAUUAUUACGCAAGUUGUAAAUGCAUGCUGUAUAUGUUUCCUGCUUCUGUAUUUGUUUGUAUUUUUUUCCAUUGAAUUGUAACCUGACUGUCUAGAUUCUCUAGAGUUUGUGGUGAACUGGACAUUUUGGUUAUGUACUUGCACACUAAAGAAGUGAACAGAAAAUGCAUAAGCCUGUACUAAUUAAAUCUGUAUAUAUUAUGAGGAUUUUUUUUUUACCUUCCCACUCCCAGCAUUCUCAUACUGGCUAGUGUUAUCAAUGUAGCCAUGCUAACUAGAAUUAUUUAUCUAAUCAUAGCACUCACCAGAGAACCUUUAUCUUCUGCAGAAUAGCAAUAAUUCCCUCUAAAUAAUGUUAACUGGGCAGUUAUCUCCCUUUACUGAGCCAUUUUAUGUAAUUGCCUAAAUUGUAACACUCCACAAAAAAAUAUCUCUGGGCCAAAAUCACUCUAGCCAGCUUAAUAUUUUGCCUUAUGAUAUCAUUAUGUUUGUUGGAUGGGCAUUUAUGUUCUGCAUGGGUGGGGUAGGCUUUUGUUGCAUGUUCGCAUUCUUUAUGUGAAUCGGGGAAAACCUGAGGAAAUAGCACAUUGCAAGCCAGUCUAGUUGUGACCCACAUUAGCUGUUCAUAAGAUGCUCCAGAGUUUUUGUUACUUAUGUGUUUUUUGUGUGUUUUGUACAUGUUAAAAGAAGUUUGGUUGAUGCCAUGUGUUACACAGUGUAAUGACAGGAUGAGAAUGGAUGGACAAACUUCAAUUUUGUUUUAUUUUCUGUUUAUGUCUAAUGACGUUUUGCACUUCUCAAACAUCUGCUUAUUAAGGAAUAGUAAAGCUUCCCUGAAGCGCACAGCUGAAACUUUUUUUAUUUUUUUAUUUUUCUUAUUAAAAGAUUCAGCAUUCAAGAGGGCAUCAAAAGCAGAAUAUUUGAAUUCCAAAUACUGUGUUAAUUUAAAGUAGAUGCAGAGAGAAAAAUGUCUAGAAUGUUAAAUGUUUAUUUAAAAUCAUUGUCUUUUCAGUUUUUGUUCAAAAAAUAAAUUUGAUUACUGUCAAAGAAAAA